AUGAAGAACCGGUGGGUGUUGAUGACGAAGUACCACAUCGACGACACCGUCGAGCGAGAGAAGGCGAGGCUGGUCGUGAAGGGCUUCACACAGGUGUACGGCGCCGACUACGACGAGACGUUCGCGCCGCUCGACAUGAAGAACGCCUUCCUGCAGAGCAAGCUCGAUCGGGUGCUGUACAUGUCCCAGCCGGACUACUUCAACGAUGGAACCGGCCGGGUGUGUAAGCUGCUGAAGAGCCUGUACGGGCUGAAGCAGUCGCCGCUGUUGUGGUACUUGGCGCUCAACGAUGUGCUGGUCGGCGCCGGGUGGAAGAAGAGCCAGGUCGACGAGGCUCUUUACUUCAAGGUCGGCGAGGGUGGAGUGGCCUGCUGGGUGCUGGUCUACGUGGACGACCUGCUUGCCGCCAGCAGCAGCGUCGCGAUGCUGAAGGAGCUGAAGGAGCUGCUGGAAGCUGCCUUCGAGCUGCGCGAGAUCUCCCCGGUGCAGAAGUACCUCGGGCUGGAGAUCGUGCACGACAGGUCGGCGGGGAAGCUGUGGCUGCAUCAGCAGGGCUACACCGACAAGCUUCGUAGGCGCUUCAUCGACGAGGAGCAGACCGGGCGCACCCCGAAGGCACCGGUCUCGGUCCGCGCCUACGCCGAGCUCACCUUUGAUGACAAGGAGGCGCAGGAACGGCAGGAGGAGUACCGGCAGAAGGUCGGCUCGCUGCAGUUCGCGGCGACGACGACGAGGCCGGACAUCGCCUUCGCCUGCAGCAAGCUGGGGAGCGGCCUCACGGUGAGAAGCAACCAGCACUGGCGCGAGGUCGACCGCUGCCUCGCAUACCUCGCCAACACGCGUGACACCGCCCUGGAGUUCAGCGGUGGACGUGAGUCACUGGAGCUGGUCGGCUACGUGGACGCCGACGACGCUGGAGACAAGCAGAACAGGACGAGCACGAGCGGCUACGUGUUCAUCUACGGAGAAGCUGCAGUCUCCUGGUCGAGCCAGCGCAUCAAGUGCGCGACGUUGUCGCCGACCGAGUCGGAGUACGUGGCGGCCACUGAAGGUGGCAAGGACGGACGCCGCCUUCGCUUCCUCCUCGCCGAGUUCCGGCAGCUGGACGCCGGAAAUCCGACUGUCCUGCGCAUGGACAACAAGUCGGCCAUCACGGUCGCCAAGGGCAUGGGGUUGACAGGCAACCUCAAGCACAUGGAGCGGCGACAGGCCUGGCUGCAGCACAUGGUGAAGCGCAGAAAGUUCUUGCUGCAGUACAUCCCAACCGCUGAGCAGCCAGCCGACUUUCUAACGAAGGCGCUGCACUAUCCGGCCUUCAACCGGUGCUCCGUCGCAAUCGGUCAGGUGCGCUUGGCCAACGUGGGCGACGGCGACAACGACGUGCAGCACUAG